AUGAAGUUUACCAAGCAGCUUUCGGCUAUCAUCUUUGUCGCGGCACCAAUUGCCGCCCAAACUACGACGGAUGUUUACUCGGUGCUCCCAAUCGACUUGACGGCUUCGGUCACCCUUCCGGUCGAGACAGACGGCACUGACUCGGGGUGCCCGACCGUGACGGAGGUAGCAGAAAGAUGCGCUACCUGCCCGGUACCACAAUGCCUUACGGUGUUGACUUUGACGCAGUCCUGCGGCUGCCCUACCCCGGCGCCAACAGAGUACCUCUCACUGCAGUGCCGAGACGUGUGCGGUCGCAUCGGUUGCAGCACCAGCUACACCGUCAUCCCGGGAGAGGAGUCAUGCGACGGUAGUGGAAGUGGAACCGCCACGGUGACGGCCACAGAGGUGGCGUCUACCGACUCGACGACUGUGGCGGCGACACCUACUGAGACGACCGCGACGGGAACUGAUCCAUCGACAGGCGUGGGUUCCGGUGCUAUAACAUCAGAGGCUUCCAGUUCCGCGACGCCGAACGCGGCGGGGAGGUUGCGUGUGCCAUUCAAGUUUUGGUAG